GAAGGUUAAGAACAUUUAAACAGUGUGUUAAAACAUAAACCGUUGAAAAAUAACAACUCAGUUGAAAGAAAGUCUGCGUAGUAGCAACAGCCUGUGUAUAAGACGAAAGCGUUUUUUUUUAGUAAUCCAAUAUCAAAUUGUUUUUUAUGAAGAUAUAAAACGAAACGUCAAUACUACGUUACAGAUACGAAGCACACAAAUAUAUAUCUAAAUUUUUUUUUAAAAAAGGUUAUAUAAUAUAUAUAGUGAUAUAGUUACGAAAAGAAAACAUAUUUAUCAAUGUGAUCAUGGAAGCACCGGAUAUCCGAUUAUUCCGUGGGGACCAGUACAUACAAAUUUCCGUACGCCAUGCGCGCACACAUAUUGAUGAUGGCAAAGCCCAAUUUACCGACUACGAAAUCGAACUCAAGACCAAUCAUAUUGCUUUCACUAUAAAAAAUUCGAAAGUACGUCGAAGGUACUCUGAUUUUGUUUGGUUACGAAAUCGUCUCAUAAAAGAUACUAUGACCUCGGAUCCACCAACAUUGCCAGGUCGUCGUCUCUUUGGAAGAUUUAACAAAGACUUUAUCAAACAGCGACAAAAGAAAUUGCAAGAAUUUUUAUUUGGGUUGGUUCAAAACAAUGUUUAUCUAUCCCAUGCUGCAUUGCACCUUUUUCUCCAAAGUAAACUAAGCGCGGAAGAAAUCGACACGUACCUCGAUUCAAACAUAGAAGAAGAUGCAGCCGAAACUAUACUCGCUGAAUCGGAGUGCAAAGCAAGAUUGGGAGGUUUGAUAACAAGAGAACGUGUUGGAUCCAAACACGACAGUGGCUUUUCUGGCGACUACGACGACCCGGAUUGGUUGUUAGAUAUUCACGUGGACAGGAGUGAUGGCACUGGCAUGCAUGAAAAUCACAAGGAAGGGGAGUUAGAUUUUAUGAAUAAUAACGAUGGAAAAAAUAAUAUCGAUGAUGAUGACAUUUUCAACGAUGGACACGCAGCUGACAUUGAAAGCGAGUUAGAUGAGUUUGAGAACGAGUUAGAAGAAGUGAAAAGUGACAAUGAAGAGGACACAAAGUUGCAAAAACAAAUGAAAGACUUAAGAAUUUCAAAUUUACCUGCGGCUACGCCGGAACAUUUAACAGAAGACAGAUUUGAAAGCUCGGUUGAGUAUUUAUUAUCGAAUUCCUCCGACUCGGACACGAGUAGUAAACGGAGCACACGAAGCAGCACGAAAGGAAGCACGAGUGACGUCAAAACACGAGGGAGCUCGCAAGAAAAUGUUCUCAGUGCCGCGACUCCAAAGCGACAUAAGAAGAGGAGAUACUCCAGACAGUGGAGCUCUGCGAGAAAAUCCUUAUUUAAUUCUAAUGUAUCAUUGCCAGAGUUCCACUCAACUGAUACAAGUGACGCUCCGACGUUACCACGGGAACCGUUGCGCCGGAGUAAAUCAUUUUAUGAUUACAACAGUAAAAGUAAAAUAUCACCUCAGAAAAGACGUCAAUCGGAAACAUUUCACAAACAAUCUUCCUAUAAUAGCGACUGUCGAAGUCCGCCGCGAUACGGUAGUCAAGAAUUCCAACGUAAUAGUUACCGCCGAUUAAGAAGAACGCCGUCGUUUAUGUCGUCAACGGAAAAACAACCCGUUAAAAGAAAGAUCAGUUUAAAUGAAUAUAUAAUCGUCGGGAGAACACCUUUAAUUAGCGUGACUACAAAAACCGAGAAAGAGUUCAAAACUUCUCUUUAAGUUGUUAUGUCACGUUUACUGGGGAUGAGUUGGUAAAAUGCAACGCUCUCUCCGUAAACAACUCAAUUUCAGUCCUCUUGACCGAAAAUUAAUUUUUUACUUAAUUUCCAUGGGUCAACUUGUAAAUACCUGGGAAUUAUGAAAUGUGAAUUUGGGAAAUUCUAAAAAAAAUUUGGCAAAACGACUUGGAAAGGGAGCUUUAUUCUAUUUUAUAGUUUUUUGAGAUUUUUAAUUUAAUGUGCCGGCGAUAUAAAUUAUUUAUCGAUUAAAACAAAAUCGUUUGGCUUAAAGUAAACAAACAAACCAAGAAAAAAAAAUUAAACUGAAAAAGAUAUAAUGUAAUGGAACAUAUAUUAUUGCCUUCAGUAUAUACGAUGAAUAAAAAAAACAACGGAUUAAAAGAAAGCAAAGUACAUAUUUACGCAGAGGAUGAUAAAAGAAUCCGAAUUGUUGAUUUUGUCAGAGAGUAUAUUGUUUACACUAACAAGCCAAAUAAGUUUUUUAAGCUAAGUCAUGAAAGCGAUAUUAGGAUAAUAAAGAGAUUUUAUAUAUAUGUUAUUUGCACAAAGGGGAGAGUUACUGCUUGACAUGUUGACGUAAGGGAAGAUUUGAAUAUUUAUAUUACCUUCUUUUAACAGCUGGACUGUUUUUUAGAAGGCUGGGUAUACAAAAUGUAAUCUUCUCUUGUGUUUAUACAAAUGUCACGCAAAACAUUCCGUCCUAACUGCGAACUGUUUUUUACUAACAUCAUUGUCUCUUUCACUUGUUUUUAUUUCUUUCCAUACUAAUAUUUUUAAGCCAGGCACAUUUUUAGCUGGUUGUUUUUUUUAAUGAUUUUUAGAUUAUCUCAUCAACUAAAUGUUAAUAAUUUAUUUUGAUUUUUCCGGAUAUCUUAUUAAGACUUAAAAAAAAGCGCGAAAUGCUGUGAAGAAAAUUAAAAUAUCUUAAUGAGACAUUAUUUUUUGUUGUGGCCAUAAGAUGUGACAAGUUCUGUAAAAGUUCUCAAAGUCAACUUUUAAAGUGAAAAUUACGAUGCUUGAGUUUCCAUUUUUAUAUUUCACAUACCAAAUAUGGUAAAAUUAUUGUGCCUCGAUUAAUAACUUUACUUUUUUUUAACAUAUUUAAUUUUUUUAAACUUUAAAUUCCAGCUACUUUAAAAAAAAAGCACAAGGAAUUUUUUAGGACUUUAAUGUCUAAGUUUUAUUAUUUUUGUAAACUUUUAUUUUUAGCGAUAAUAUAUUUUUAUUUUAUACUCUGUACAAAAAUAAUAGGUAAACGAAAACUGUAUUUACACACACGAAAUAUAUCCAACGGAAACAA